GCCAAAAGCACUAGUGUUGUCUAUUUUUGUUUCACAUUUCUGAUAUUAACCGUCGGUCCACUGAAUUUCAUGGCUCCAGUUCCCGAGAUAAAGGUCCCCAUCAUCUGGGUUUUGGGAGGCCCUGGAUCAGGCAAAGGGACACAGUGCGACAAAAUAGUUGCCAAAUAUGGGUUCACCCAUCUAUCGUCUGGGGACCUCCUUAGAGCAGAGGUGACCAGUGGUUCCCCCAGAGGCCAAGAGCUCACGGCCAUCAUGGAGAAGGGCGAACUGGUGCCCAUGGAGGUAGUCCUAGACCUGCUCAGGGAGGCCAUAACUGCGUCCUUGCCCACCUCCAAGGGCUUCCUGAUCGACGGCUACCCCAGGGAGAAGGAGCAGGGUGUCAUGUUCGAGAAGAGCAUAGCGCCCGUUGACCUGGUGCUUUUCUUUGAUGCCUCCGAGGACACGCUGGUCGAGAGGCUGCUCGGCAGGGCGAAGACCUCCGGAAGGGUGGAUGAUAACGAGGAGACCAUCAAGAAGAGGCUGAACACCUUCAACACGCACAACGACCAGGUGGUGCAACAGUAUACCGAGAAACUCAGGAAGAUAAAUGCAGAAAGGACUACUGACGAUAUCUUCGCAGAGGUGACCACAUAUUUGGAUCCAUUGGUGUCCUAAUAGCAUAUCUUAGGAUACCCAUAGAUAAGCACACACCAAACAAAUUAGGAAAUAAUAAAUUUAAUUUAUACUGUUUUAUUUAUACGCAAAAUAAAGCACUGUUGACAUAACUCACUGUAUUUGUAGACCAAUCAUCAUCCU